AUGGAAAAGAAGCGCGUAAAGGGAAACCCAAAGUAUAAGUCCGCUUUUAAGUGGGGUACAGCUGGAAUUAUAGCCACUGUGAUUUUCGUUCUUGUGGAGGUUUUUAUAAUUCACUGGGUGACACCAUUUGAUAAUUUCCUUAGGGUUCACUUCCCUAAAGCCGGAGUUCAUGUGCAAUUUGAGUGUGAACACAUAGAGGAUGGGGUAGCAUUUAGUAUUCACAAGAAUCGCACCCUUGUUCAAAUUGUCCGGAUGGGAGACAAUUUAGGAUGGGAUUUGAGGGUUGAGGAUCACGGAGGUGGGAAGUACGUUUUAAGGAGUCGAGAGGGAUCAGUGAGCUUUAACACGGCUGUUGAUGAAGAUGGUUUGGCUGUUUUUCACAUCAAUCAAACAGUUCGUACAACGGAUUUCGUUGAACAUUGCUUUGAUCUGGUGAAUCCUGAUGGGACUAAUUGGUUUGCUGGUCCUCAUAAAUACUACCAGUAUUGGCCAUCACAGGUUCUACAAUUCACUGAUGAUGCCUACUUGCCGAAAGAGUCUUCACAUUCAUCCAUAUCGGAGAGGUAUUGGCUCACAUCCAAAGGGAUGUUCAUAUACUUCAGCGACCGAACUCCACUAUUCCUCAAUCGCAAACCCAACCAUUUGUGCUUUGCUGCAAAGAAGCAAAAUCCUUAUUACACCUACGACACAGUUUUUGUCUUUAAUUAUACAAUUGGAAUAGCUGCAGAUGCCAGGAAAGCUCAUAAGGCUGCAGUGGGUAGGUAUUUGAGGAAACCCCUUCAUUAUCCUGACCGGAGAGUAAUUCAGCAUCCAAAAUGGAUCCUCCGAAAUCACAACAUGUCUCAAGUUCAGGAAUAUAUCGACAAUUUGCUGUACUACAAUUUUAGCACAUCCAGCAUUAUUCUGGAUAAAUCAUGGGAAACGUGCACAGGAGCUUUGGAGUUUGAUCCGAUAAAAUUUCCCAAUGUUGGGAGUAUGAUACGAUAUUUUAGACGCUACAGAACCCAUCUCACGCUCACUGUAACUCCGUACAUUCACGAGGAUUGCAACCCCUACUUCCAGGAUGCUCUCUCACGUGGAUUUUUGGUCAAGACCCACCAGAAUACCUAUUUAAAUUUCGAUCGAACUGCAGCUGUGGACUUUACACAGAUUGCAGCUAGACGGUGGUUUCUGGCACGUCUCAAGGAUCUGCAAGCUCUAGGCGUUGACAAUUUCUACUUUGAAGGUGGAGAAUUCGAUUCAGCGCCAAAUGAUCCGAAUUUCGAAGGAGUCUCAACGAGUUUGCAUCCCAUUCAGUACACCAUUGAUUCCCUAAGAGCAUUAGCGGAGUUUGAUCACAACACAAUUGUCCGAACGGGAUUUUGCACCCAGGAUCUUCCUCUUUUGCUCCGACUUCCGGAUAUGGAUAAUCGGUGGGACAUUCAGAAUGGUUUGGAUUCACUUAUUCCGAAAAUAUUGCAGACAAACCUCAAUGGAUACUACUUCCUCAUGGCUCCAAUCGGGGGAACUACCUCUGAGGGUCUAACAAAAGAGCUCUACAUACGCUGGAUGCAAGCUGUGGUCUUCUUGCCGUCAAUGGCCUUUUCGACUCCUCCAUGGGAGUUUGAUGAUGAAACCAUUGAAUUAGCUCAUAAAUUCAUUCGUCUUCAUACGCGACAUGUAUCCUUAUUUGUGGAUCUGUUUAAGUUGGCAAAAUCGGAUGGGGAUCCUGUUAAUUUACCUAUUUGGUGGCUCUACCCUCAAAAUUGGCGUGCACAGGAAACUCAUGAUCAGUAUCUCCUGGGUGAGGACAUUAUCGUGGCUCCGGUGUUGAAGCCAAAUUCUUUGGAGAGAGGAAUAUUCCUCCCAUAUGGCAUAUGGCGCGAUGGCAAUGAUAACAGUUCACUCUACCAGGGACCUCGGUGGUUACCUAGCUAUAGAGCCCCAUUGGAUGUCCUCCCAUACUUUGUCCGAGCUCGCAAUAAAAAUUAA